CCCUGUUUCCGGUCACACUUCAUCCGGGUCUCCUCAACGGCGGAGACUAAGUCCACCGGCCGAGCCGGUUACCAGUUAACCUCCGGCGCUAACUAUAUAUCUCGCCCCUCUUUUCUUUUUCUUGCAAGGGAAGACAGCGAUUGGCUACUAUAUAAGCACACACAGGGAGGGCUCUGCAUUUCAUUUCUCACACAUUUCUUGCUCCUCAAGAGCGAAUUUCAGAGAGAGAGAGAAAGAGAGCGAGCGAGCGAGCUAAAUGCAUCUGUACAACGCUUGGCUUCCGCCGCCGAUCGCAGAGCAAACGGCGAGGGAGAGGGAAUCGUUCGCUCGAGUGUUGAGGUCCGUGAAGGAGGCGUAUCGUUCGGACGAUCCCGAAUCGGUGUACUGUACUCUCAGAUGGAUCGACGUCAUAGACCUUUUUGUGAAAGCAAAAAGUGAGGUAGACUUGGAAGAUGUGGCUGCCCUUGUGGAGUUGGGGUUAGAAUUGUUCCACACAUCACGUAACAAACUUUAUGCCCAGGUUAGAUGGGGAAGUAUUUUAGUGAAGGUUCUGAACAGAUACCGAAAGAAGUUGUCCUUGAAAAUUCAAUGGCGGCCUUUCUAUGAGACAUUGGUCAGUACACACUUUACAAGGAAUACAGGCCCAGAAGGGUGGACAUUGAGACAGAGACAUUUCCAGAUUGUUACUUCCCUUGUCCGAUGCUGUCGGAGAUUCUUCCCUCCUGGUUCUGCCUCUGAGAUAUGGUCUGAAUUUGGAUCUUUUCUAGAAAAUCCAUGGCAUAACUCAUCCUUUGAAGGUGCUGGCUUCGUGAGACUUUUUCUUCCUGUGAACAUAGAUAACCAGGACUUCUUUUCACUCAAUUGGAUUCAAAUGUGUAUAGACCAGUGGGAUUCAAUUCCAAAUUGCUCUUUCUGGAACUGCCAAUGGGCGGCUAUUGUAGCUCGUGUCAUAAAAAAAUGCAGCUUCAUUAACUGGGAUUGCUUCUUACCAGCUCUUUUCACAAAAUACUUGAAUAUGUUUGAGGUUCCUGUAGCAAAUGGAAGUGGAUCAUACCCUUUUUCUGUGGACGUUCCUCGAUAUACAAGGUUUUUGUUCUCCCAUAAGACGGUCACCCCAGCAAAGGCAAUUGCAAAAUCAAUUGUAUACCUGUUAAAACCUGGUAGUUCAGCUCAGCAACACUUUGAGAGACUGGUCAACCUCUUGGAACAAUAUUACCAUCCUUCAAAUGGUGGUCGAUGGACUUACUCCUUGGAGCGGUUUUUGUUUCAUUUGGUACUAACAUUCCAGAAACGCUUACAGCGUGAGCAACUGAGUGAAGAUGACAGUAGGCAGGCUGAAUUCUACCUAGGACCAUCAGAAAGGACUUCUUUUGUGAAUGUGGUGCUGAAGUUAAUUGAGCGUGGUCAAUACAGCAAACAUGAAAAUUUAUCCGAGACAGUUGCAGAAGCAACUUCGAUCUUGUCUUAUGUGGAACCCUCUUUGGUUCUUCCGUUUUUAGAGUCUCGGUUUCUUAUGGCCUUGGAGACGAUGACAGCCACUCAUCAGUUGAAGGCUGCUAUGACGUCAGUUGCAUUUUCCAGUCGGUCACUAUUUUUCACAUCCUUAUCAGUGUCUCCAGUAAAAACAGAUGGUGUAGGUGGUGCUGAUGGUUUCAUUGAUCUUUUGAUGAUUUCAUUGUCCAAUGCAUUACUUGGCAUGGAUGCCAAUGAUCCACCUAAAACCUUGGCAACUAUGCAACUGAUUGGUUCCAUAUUUUCCAAUUUGGCUACUCUUGAAGAUAAUGUGGAUCAGUUGUCUUUAAUGCCCGCAAUAUGUAUCUCUGAAUGGCUUGAUGAGUUCCUAUGCCGGCUAUUUUCUUUACUUCUACACUUGGAGCCUAGCAGUGUUGUGAAUGAAGGCCUUCACUCAUCAGCUACAUCAGGAACUUUCCUGGUUGAUGAUGGUCCUUAUUACUUUUGCAUGCUGGAAGUCUUGCUUGGAAGGCUUUCAAAAUCCCUCUAUAAUCAGGCUCUGAGAAAAAUUUCUAAGUUUGUCACGACAAAUAUCCUCCCCGGGGCAAUAGCAGAGGUUGGAUUGCUUUGUUGUGCAUGUGUUCAUUCAAACCCAGAAGAGGCAGUUAUUCACCUUAUCGAACCACUUCUAUCAUCUGUAAUAUCCUCUUUAAAAGGAACGCCUACUACAGGUUUUGGUGGAUCAGGAAUUUCCAAUGCUUCAGUUUGCUCCAAGGUGAAACCUACACUUUCCCCGGCUCUUGAGACGGCAAUUGACUACCAACUGAAAGUACUGUCAGUUGCCAUCAGUUAUGGUGGUCCUUCUCUUCUCAGAUACAAGGAGCUAUUCAAAGAAGCUAUCACGUCUGCCUUUGACUCACCGUCUUGGGAGGUUAAUGGAGCUGGAGUUCAUGUUCUCCGUUCCCUCCUUGGAAGCCUGGUUCUUUAUUAUCCCAUUGAUCAGUACAAGUGUGUUUUGCGCCACCCUGCUGCUGCUGCAUUGGAGGAAUGGAUCAACGCAAAAGAAUAUAUUGAUUGUAAACCAUUUGUGGUUCCCAAGUGGCAUAUCCCAAAUAAUGAAGAAGUUGAUUUUGCAAACGAACUCUUAAACUUGCAUUUUGAAUCAGCUUUAGAUGAUCUUCUGAGAAUAUGUCAGACCAAAAUGCAUUCUGAUCCAGGGAAUGAGAAAGAGCACCUUAUGGUGACUUUGUUGCGGGUUGAUUCUUCUUUACAGGGUGUACUGUCAUGCUUGCCUGAUUUUAGGCCAUUGUCUAGGAAUGGAAUGGAUGAAGAUCCUGGUCACAUACCUUUCUUAAUAGCUGGAGCAAGUGGUGCAAGUGUUGGUAGUGUCAAACUACGAGAAAAAGCAGCUGAGAUCAUAAAUGUAGCCUGCAAAUACUUGUUGGAGGAAAAAUCAGAUGACAGUAUUUUGAUGCUGCUUGUUAUUCGUAUCAUGGAUGCCUUGGGAAAUUAUGGAGGUGCUGAAUAUGAUGAAUGGUCAAAUCACAGGCAGGCUUGGAAAUUGGAAUCUGCUGCUAUAGUAGAACCUUCUAUAAAUUUUAUUAUCUCAUCUCAUUCUAAAGGAAAGAGGAGGCCUAGGUGGGCACUUAUUGACAAAGCAUAUAUGCAUAGUACAUGGAGAUCAUCACAAUCAUCAUAUCACCUUUUUCGUACGACUGGGAAUAUCUCUCCAUCAGAUCAUUUGAUUCUUUUGAUAGAUAAUCUUCUUACCCUCUCUUUGCACAACUAUGAAACAGUUCGAACACUUGCUGGAAAGGCCUUACUCAAAAUGAUGAAGCGAUGGCCAACAAUGAUUUCAAAGUGUGUGCUUGCUCUUGCUGAAAACUUAGGGCACCCAAACUCACCAGAACAUGCAGUUCUUGGUUCUUGUGCAGUUCUUUCUUCUCAAACAGUUCUGAAGCAUCUUACCAUGGAGCCGAAGUCAUUCUCUUCAUUUGUCCUUGGAAUUCUUUCGAGCUCUCACCAUGAGUCGCUAAAAGCUCAGAAAGCAAUCAAUGAGCUUUUCGUGAAAUUCAACAUCCAUUUUGGCGGAGUUUCUAAAAGCAUCCUCAGGACAUCAGCCAUCCAUUCAGAUGGGCCAGACUUUGCAGAUUUGGUUUCCCAGAUUGGUUGCAUGAGUUUUGAAUCUACCAACUUGCACUGGCGGUAUAAUUUGAUGGCCAACAGAGUUUUGCUGUUGUUGGCUAUGGCAUCAAGAAAUGACCCAAGUUCAUCUUCCAAAAUUCUGAGUGAAACUGCUGGUCACUUCUUAAAGAAUUUAAAAAGUCAGUUACCUCAGACAAGACUACUUGCAAUAUCUGCUUUAAAUACACUGUUGAAAGAAUCACCUUAUAAAAUGUCAGCAUUGGAACAUCCUGGUUCUGCUGGGGAUUUUCAAGGACAUAAGAAGUCCUCCCUUGAAGGAGCUUUAAGUCAAAUAUUUCAGGAAGAAGGAUUUUUUAGUGAAACUCUGAGCAGUCUUUCUCAUGUCCAUAUAACGGCUGAUGCUGAAAACACAACUUCCCGAAAUCAUGGAAGUUCGUCCUUCCAGAGUUUGGCCGACAAAUCUAUCACCCUUUUUUAUUUUGACUUUUCGUCUUCAUGGCCACGCACCCCCAGUUGGAUUUCAUUACUAGGAAGCGAUACUUUUUACUCAAACUUUGCAAGAAUAUUUAAGCGGCUGUUUCAAGAAUGUGGCAUGCCAGUUUUGUCGGCACUUAGAAAUUCAUUGGAGGAGUUUUCAAAUGCCAAGGAGAGGUCAAAGCAAUGUGUUGCUGCUGAAGCAUUGGCUGGAGUACUGCAUUCUGAUGUCAGUGGCCUUUUAGAAGCAUGGGACAGCUGGAUGAUGGAUCAGUUACAGAAUGUUAUUCUUGCUCCAUCGGUAGAAUCUAUACCAGAAUGGGCUGCUUGCAUACGUUAUGCCGUCACUGGAAAAGGAAAACGGGGAACAAACAUUCCAGUUCUGAGACAAAAAAUUAUGAAUUGUUUGGCUGCCCCUUUGCCUCCAACUGUAACUACCACUGUAGUUGCAAAGCGCUUUGCUUUUCUUUCAGCUGCACUAAUAGAAGUAUCCCCACCAAGAAUGUCGGUGGCUGAAAUGCAGCUCCAUGAGACACUUUUGAAGGAGCUGGUUUGUAAUAUGAGUCAUUCAUCUGCCCAGGUGAGGGAAGCAAUUGGUGUUACCCUUUCUGUAUUGUGCUCAAACAUUCGGCUCUAUUCAUCCUCCAGUGAUUGUCAUUCACUUGCUGGUGACAGUGUCAGAAUUGGGGACAGUAAUUGGGAUCAGUUUUUAGUGGAACGUGCAUCUGAACUUGCCGUGAAUAUUCAGAAUGCCACUCAGUCUGAGAAAAUGGAGAUCCCAACAGAAACAAGCCCUGAUAGUAGUCAAGUAGAUGGCAAUUCUGAAGAUGAUGUGAAGUGGAUGGAAACGUUGUUCCAUUUUAUUAUUUCGUCUUUGAAGUCUGGAAGAUCUUCAUACAUGCUCGAUCUUAUUGUGCGUCUGCUUCAUCCUGUAAUUUCCUUGCAGGAAACCUCAAACAAAGAUCUAUCAACCCUUGCUAAGGCAGCAUUUGAGUUGCUUAAAUGGAGGAUUUUAUGGGGACCCAAUCUCCAGAAUGCUGUAUUGCUGAUUCUUUCUUCAGCUAAUGAUUCUAACUGGCGGACUAGAUCUGCAGCUUUGACAUUCUUGCGUACAUUUAUGUAUAGGCAUACCUUUAUUCUCUCUUAUGCGGAGAAACAACAAAUAUGGAGAACUGUUGAGAAGCUCCUUUUGGACAACCAAGUGGAGGUAAGAGAGCAUGCUGCAGCAGUUCUAGCAGGCCUAAUGAAGGGUGGGGAUAAAAACCUAGCUGAAGAGUUUCGUGGUAGAGCUUACAGAGAUGCAUAUGCCAUUCAAAAGAAUAGAAAACAGAGAAAAUUGGGCUCUUCUCAGUCCAUAGCUUCGAUACAUGGUGCUGUACUUGCUUUGGCAGCUUGUGUUCUGUCUGUUCCAUAUGAUAUGCCAAGUUGGUUGCCUGAGCACGUUACAUUACUGGCUCAUUUCGUCGGGGAGCCAUCGCCGGUGAAAUCCACUGUUACAAAAGCAGUAGCAGAGUUCCGGAGGACCCAUGCCGACACAUGGAAUUUCCAGAAAGAUUCAUUUACGGAAGAGCAACUGGAGGUUCUGGCGGAUACAUCCUCUUCUUCGUCAUAUUUCGCGUGAUCGAGAUUUAUCUAAUUUAUUGAUGAGCAAGGGAAAUAUUAGGAAUAGCAUCAAAAUUGUAUCGCGAUAACUUUAUUGUCUUCCCAUCUUAUUAAUUUGCAUCAUUAAUGUAGUUGUGUUUUAAUUUGCAUCAUUAAUGUAGUUGUGUUUUAAGGGUU